CCGCGCCCGCGGGCCCAGGGGCAGCUUGGCGUUGGGCCAGGGACUAGGAAAGGCUUCCCGGGGCUGACGGCGCAAUGGCCGAAAUGAAGCGAGUCUUGGCUAUUCCGUGAGGGGGCAGCUGCCGUGGGAGCUGGGAAGUCUGUGUUUAAGAAAAAGGAAUUUUGGAGAGCUAGGAUGAAACCGUCAAACAAGUACAGACCGCGAGAUGGUCUCAGCUAUUAGACAGUAAAAUUUGUCUUUGCAUUGCUCUUGUGGUAAGGACCGGGAGGAGCUGUAAUAUAUGUGCAUUGAUUCUGUUCUUAAUGACUUUUUCUUCCAGGGAAUUGUCAGAGUGAUUUCCAGUUACACUAACCGAGUGUCCACAAAGUUACUACAAUGACGAGAGUGGCUUUCUCUAAUUGAUUAUCAAUGCAGAUUGUACAGCUCAUCUAAACUGAUGAAAAGUAAUACUGUAUUGUGUUGUUGGCGCUAUGUAAUGUAAAAUACGAAAUGAUGCAAGCAUGGUUCAUUUUAUAGUUCGCUGGGCGGGGCUUGUCUUUGCAGGUCUAUGAGUCAGGUGUGUGUGGAAAAGUCACUCAUUUUCAGAAGUAACACCCCUUAUUCUACAGACAUCAUUUCUGAUCCUGAUGGACGUGAUCCACUAUUCUGUGUGCAGUUGGAUGACUCAAAGCUGAACUAUUUUCAACAGCCACAGGAUAUUGAAGAAUCUGAUUUUGUGGAGUUCUUAGAGAAGUAUGGCAGGCACUCUUUCUUAGCACCAUCACAAGUUCAGCCAUCGUUCUCUGCUUUUUACCGUGCUGGUGAUCCAAUCCUAAUCUACUUUGAUUCGUCAUCUGUAUUGAGCAUUCUUAGACAGCCAGUAAAAAUGGGAACCAGUGGACUUUGUGUUGAUGGAAAUCCUACUGGCUUCCUGGACAGUAAAAGCACAAGCUGUACUCGGAUAUUUGCCAACUUGAGCGAGAGCUGCAUGACUGACCCUGCCCUAGAUGCUGCUUCCUACUACCGUGACUUCACUGUGCUAAAGGUCCCAAUUAAUGACACUGUUAUGCAGUCAAUGAAGGUAAAUGUCACUGCAAUCUCAUCACCUGGAGCUCCCCACAUGAAAGACAACACAUGCACCAAUGUUGUUUCUGAGGUGAUCUAUGAGAUAGAAUAUAGUGGCACAAGUGGGAUUCAGAGUGUUUCUGUUCAGUUCAAAGUGAGCAACAUCUCUGGGAACUCCAGACCCUCUCUGCAGCAGCACUUCACUGUGCACUUCUGGACCAGGACUCUUUCUCAUAUGUUGCCUAGAAGUGGAAACCCUGGCUAUAUCACUGGAGCACCACUGUUGAUUGCAAACAGUGGUGCCAUGCAACAUAUGAGCAUAUUAAGGAGUGAAAGUGAUGGAAGUUGUUCACAGUUCUUGAGACACGUGGUACAGUUUGGAAGGAAUAUGAGAACAGGCUGCAAAAUCAGCCUAUCCCCAAUACUGGAAGGCAGUAACUGUAGUUACAUGCAACAGAAGUUAUACAAGGCUUUUUGGGGGAUGAACAGAACAGAAGACUUUGCUAUAACUGGCAGUGCUCAUUCAACCCAGGCAGAAGAGUGGAUGACCAUUCUGAUUCAGAACUGCAGUGUGCAGGCUUUGAAUUGCACUUCCUGUUGUAUGGUUCCUGUGACCCUGGAGAUUCAGAUACUGUGGUCUAAAGUGGGCCUCCUGUCCAACCCACAAGCUCAAAUACUGGGUGCACGGCACUUUUACCAGUGUCACCCCCUCAAGUUUCUAAACAUGAGCACAGUACCUGUGACAACUGUCGUUACCUUCACUGACAUGACAGAUUGGCCAGAACCUCCACGAGGCCAGCCCCAAAUGGACUGGAAACUCCCAUUUGACAUCCUUUUCCCAUUCAAGAUGGCCCUGAAUGUAGAAAGAAGUUACAGAGGUGAUCUGGCUGGGUAUUUAUUGGUGGUUCUAAUAAUAUCUAGUAUUUUCUGCUUUUGAAAAUAGAUGGAGCCUGCAUUUAAAGUUUGGUGAGUGAAUUGAUACAUUCAGGAUACGAUCCCGAUGAUGGACUUUUGUCAUCAGGUUUUUAUACCAUGUCUGUGAUAUCUACGUGCCCUCUGUUCAUGGAUCAAGCCAUGCAAACAGCUUGUCCUCUCAUGUCCCUGCUCUCUGUAUGUGAACCACCUGUGAAUGUCACUGCAGUGACACACUUGAGAAGUGUAGAGAUCCAGGGACAUUGCAUUUAUGAAGGACAAGGAAGAGAAGGUUAAAAUGAUUAGUCCAUGUCCCCAGAAACCAAGAAUGCUCUGUAAACCAAGAAGUAUGGAGAGGGAAUCAAAGUUCAGUUAAAGCAUUUUGGAGCUGCUUUCAAUUAGUUCCCUGUUUGAGAAGCAUCUGAUUUUUCUCUAUGGAUCUAACCAAACAUUUAAGAUACAGGAGCUCUCCCGGGUGGCCUGAAUUCUUAUUUUAAGGGUAGACAUGUGUUCCAGUCACCCCUAACCUGUCCUUGUAAGUUGACGACAACAACACCUCUGUGACAUUUUUUGAAUUUUGCUUUUCUCUGUCUUUUCAAAUACAGAUAUUCAGUUGAAAUUUUCAUGGUAUAAUCACUGCUCGCAUUAGCAAGUGUUGCACAGAGCAAAGUAAUUGUAAAUGCCACAUAGUCUGAAAUACAGUUGAGUUUUAGUGAUUCGUCAAAACAUCUUCCUUCCUGAUCUUUUUUUUUUUCCCCUGGAAAAAUGAGCCUGAAUAGAAUUUUUCCUAGAUAAGAAACAUUCACUUGCUCCAGAUAGGAACUGAAAAUGAUAGCCACUAAAAUUCUAGUAGCACAUUAGAGAGACUUGUGAAUAGUUCUGAAGCUAAAGCAUUGAAUAUUUUAGGAAAAUUUGUAGGUGUAUGAUGAGACUGAAGCUUGCUGUAAUACCUUACCUCUGGCUCAGUCUAUGGGACCAGGAAAUAAGUUUAUUGGUUUUGAAGUUAGAGGCGGUGUUCUGAUUUUCUGGUCUGCCCUCUACCAUCACUCAGGAAAUCUGCUCAAUUGUUCCAGGAAGCUAGAUGGAUGGUUGGAUGAAAGUAUACUAUUUAGCAAAAGAUUUUAUUAUUUAUCUUCUUCAGAUGAUGGAAAAUAUGCCCCAUCUGAUGCUAGGUACUCCAGUGAAAUCAAUAGGGCCAAAAAUAUCAGCCUAUUUUUAUUAAAAUUUAUUGGUUGCUUUUAUACCUUUACUGCACAUUAAAACUCUGUUGCUCCUCCUCAUUGCAAACC